AUGUCUGAUAUCUACGAAAUAAUUAAUAACCUUGGUCUAGAUGAAGCAGAAGCAAACAAACUCAAAAUUUACCUAAUUACAAAUCACGAAAUAAGAAAAGAAUUAAAUUCAGCACUUGCAGUUUCGUGCGAAACAGAAGAAUCUAAAAGGAAUCUUUUGAAAGAUUUUCUUCGUAAUAUUUCUGCUGAACAUCAAGUCUCUUCCCAAGAAGAAAUGAACGAGAUUAAGAAGAAGGUUCGAUUUCUUGAGGUUGAGCUCCAUAAAACCAAAUAUACCAUUCCAGUUUCGCACGAAGUAGGAAAAAAUGUCUUAGACACAGCAAGCAUUUCCCCUAACGAAAUCCUUUCUUACCUCACAAGUGAAACACCAAUAUCGAUCGAAAGUUUAGAUUUAUCACUUUUACAACAGCAUUGCGAUAGCGAAAGUAAAGUGCAGAAGAAAUUUAUGGAGUUUUUCGACUCCUUAAAAGAACAAACUCGAUACA